AUGAAUGAUUUCAACAUACUCGAUUUGCCUGAUGAAAUUUUAUUGAUGAUUUUCAAUAAACUCAACACCAUUGAUGUCUUUCGUUUAGUACAAUACGUCAAUCGAAGAUUUUAUGAAUUGUCACUCGAUGGUUGUCAAGUUCAAGAUAUGCAAAUGACUACUGUGAUGGGCGUCGAUACACAUUAUAAACAAAUUUCUCCAAUCGAUACCAAUCUUCCAAGAAUUUGUAGGAAUAUUUUACCUAAAAUUCAUGAUAAAGUACAGAAACUUACAGUUGAUCAAAGUUCAAUGAUUCCUGUUCUUCAUGCUGCUGAUUAUCCUCAACUUUAUUCAUUGACAAUUAUCGAUAUUGAAGAAGAAUUUCUUCAUGAUUGUUUAUCAAAUAAUAUCGUUCUUCGCGAUCUUCUCAUUAAACAAAUAACUAAUCUUAACAUCGAUAUUAAAUGUAGGACGCCACUUGCGAUAACUGGAUUCCAAAUAUUUGAACUAAUCAUAUGUUUGUGUGAAAAUUUGACGACGUUCAAUUUUGGUGACAUGUUAUUUUCACGGGAACGUGCCGUUGGUUUUCCCACAAUACAAUCAAGAAGUUACAGUCACUCAGCUUUAGUAGAACUGAGGAUGAAAAUUGAAACUUUCUUUGACCUGGUUUAUCUUCUUGAUGGCCGCUUUCCUUGUUUAUCGACAUUGAUCGUUCAUGUAUAUGAUCAUUCUGGUCCAACAAAUCUAGAUGGAAUAAAGCAACUUUCGACAUUAAAAUAUUUUUCUCUCUGUGGAAGUCUUUAUAUUCCUACACCUCUUUAUGAUCCAUUGAUUGUUCCAUUACUUUCUGGAAUGAUAAAUCUUGAAAAAUUACAAUUAUGUCUGCGAGUUGUUAGAUUGAACUCGAAUUAUAUUGAUGGAAGUCAGUUAUAUGAUCAAUUUUUAUGUUCAAUGACGAAAUUGAAAAGAUUUACAUUCGAUAUCAAGACAAUUGUUCGAAAUCAAAACGUUGACAUUGCACUUUCAUCAAAUGAACAGAUUCAACGUAGUUUUGUGGGAAAGUUUGAUCAACAGGUGUUUUCAUAUAUUAAUUCAAACUCAUCGAAACUAACGGGUGUAUGCCGUAUUUGUUCACUUCCAUAUGAUUUUCGAUAUUUCUUUAAUGUCAAUAAUUAUUUUCAAGGUGGACGAUUCGAGAAAGUUCGACAAUUGCGUAUGAAGGAUUCGAUUGGUUUCACUUAUGAAUUAUUUCAACGUGUUGCUCAAGGUUUUCCUUUUCUCAAAUAUUUAUAUAUAAUUAAUAUGAGUGCAAUGAAAAACAAGCCACCUGGAUCACUGUUGCUCACAUUCCCAUAUCUCACAUAUCUUGAUAUAGAUCGAGCACAUGAUGAUUAUAUUCUAUUAUUCCUUCUGAAGAAACACGCUUUUCUACCUCGUUUAUCAUAUCUAUCCAUCGAGAAAAAGCCACUGAAAACAAUAACGAACGACUUCACUAUCGACUCGACAGAUUUCAACUUCAGUGAAUUGAAAACUCUCAUUGUGGGCAGAUCAUUUGUUCCACCAGCAAACUUUCAUGUAUAUUUCCCUAUUUUAGUAAUGUAUGAAUAA